GUGUGCGCUCCGCUUCCGUGCCAGAAUGGUGGCUACGCUGACCCAAAUAAUUGUAGUAUGUGCAAAUGCCCGCCUGGUCUAGCGGGAAAAACAUGUGAAGAGAUUCCUCAAGUUGGAUGCGGUGGAGAACUGGUGGCUACCCCAAUUUGGCAAGAACUUUCACAUCGUGGGAAAAGAAUGUGUUACUGGAGAAUAAAGACGGACAAUGCUCGCAUACGUUUUAUCUUGAGCAAUGUGAACUAUCGAUGUGAGACUACAUGCAGAGCUUAUGUGGAAAUCAAGCACAACUCCGACUUCCAGCAAACAGGAUUCCGAGCUUGGUAG